AUGAAUCUUGUGCAUGUGUCUACGCCCACGUAUACGGUUGGCAUUAAUACUUGCGGAGGCCAAAACCCCCUCGCCGGCAUAUACGCAACGGACGAAUAUCACAUCGUGGCGUUCCAGCUUGUGACUGUUGACGGCUGGCUGCGGGCCGCCUCUGACGACGGAAACCCCGACCUGCUUAGGGGUAUCACCGGCGCCGGCCUCUAUUCCUACAUCAUGCGGCCGACACCGCAGCUGAGCAUGACCCACAUGCUUGUGCCCGACUACAUGCUGCAAUCCUACAUCCGGGUCGCGCAGCCGGUUUUCGACUACCUCGAGGCCAACAACAUCUCCUCAAUAAUCCGUUUUACGCCAUUACGGCAGCACCAUUACCGCCACGAUCGGUUCGACGCCAUGGCGAUCCAGGCGCACCCCUCAGGCAUCGACGUCACGCGCUUCCCCAGGCGGCGAAAUAUCGCAAGUCCAAAACGACAAGGGGCAUGCCGCCGACGGAGAAGCCAGGGGAAGCUCAAGGACGGCGAAAAGGGCUGCUGGCGCGCCCGCACAGACGUCUGGCAGCACAUUCUGGACAAGCAGAUCCAGGCCCUGCUGGUGCUGGAGUCGGACGCCGGGUGGGACGUCAACCUGCGCCCGAUCAUGGGGCGGCUCAACGGCGGAUUUCGCGAGCUGCUGGAAAAUGGACAACCCGGAUCAGGCGAACUUUGUCGUGUACGACGACCCGGACGCCCAAAGCACCAACUUCACCUGGGAUCGGGUCGCCGAGCCGCUCAACCAGAAGCGCGUCGUGUAUCGAUCCAAGUUCAUUAUCUGCACGACGGGGUACCUGGUCUAGCUGUCAGAGCGGCACGCCUGCUCGUGCGCUCCAGCUUCGACCUCAACGACCCCAUCGACGUCAUGACCGAGGACGGGCAGCUGCGGACGUACGUGCACCAGCAGCGCAUCGUCGCGCAGUGGGAGUAUAUAUCCCCGGCAUCGGCAAUUCCAGCAGCAACAGCGACAUCAACGGCGACGGGAGCGACGUGGACCGCGCCCAGGAGGGUUGGGACCGCGCCAAGGUGCUCAUGGCCACGGUCGAGUUCAGGGGAUGUUCAGUUCAGGGCCUUUGCGCUGGGCAGAGCCUGGCAAAACGUACUUGGGGAAUAA